AUGGAGGGAGGGAACAGUGGGCUUGAAGAGACGCCAACAUGGGCGGUCUCCAUCUUUUGCCUCUUCUUCUUCGUCGUCUCCUUCGUUAUCGAUUCUGGUCUUCACCACUUAACUGAGUUUCUCAAGAAGAGGAGGAGAAAGUCUCUCAAUAAAGCUCUGGCAAAAAUUAAAACAGAAAUGAUGAAAAUGGGGUUCAUAUCGCUGCUUCUGACAAUUUCGGAGAUACCUAUCUCGCAAAUAUGUGUGACGGAGGCCGUGGCAAGCUCGUUUCUUCCAUGCAAGGAUGCAGUGGAGUUUGCGGAACCAGCUGUUUCUUCUGCAACUCAAUUGUCAGCAGCAUCAGGCUUGAAGCCAGACUCCAACACCUCACUUGAAACUGCAGAUGACGGAUCGUUUUGCACGGCAAAGGGUUUGGUUCCCCUAAUUUCGAGGGAUGGGGUGAUGCAGCUCAACAUCUUCAUCUCGGUGUUGGCCGUUUUUCAUGUUUCUUACUGCCUCGUUACCAUGUACCUGGGAAUUGCCAAGAUGGCAAAAUGGAAGGCGUGGGAAGAAGAGACUCGAACCCUUGAGCAUCAGAUUGUUCAUGAUCCAAGGAGAUUUCAGUUUACGGAUCAAACGUCAUUUGGGCAGCAGCAUCUGAAAUUCUGGAGUCGCCAUUCUCUUUUACUUUGGCCAGUCUGUUUUAUCCGACAAUUCAGAGGGUCCAUAUCAAAAGCUGAUUACUUCACUCUCCGUCAUGGAUUCAUCAUGGCUAAUAUCUCUGGAGGUAGCGAUUUCAACUUUCAGAAGUUCGUUAACAGAGCUUUUGAUGAAGAUUUCAAGAAAGUGGUUGAAACCAGAUUUUGGAUUUGGAUCUUCUCCAUAUUCUUCAUAUUUUUCGGUGCGCACGAGUUCUACAACUACUACUGGCUUCCUUUCAUCCCUCUCGUGAUUGUUCUAGCUGUCAAUACAAAGCUCCAAGUGAUAAUAACACAAAUGUGCGUGCAGAGUUGCUCUGCAAAUUCUGUGACUCGAGGCACCUGUCUUGUGAAGCCCAAUGACGACUUGUUCUGGUUCAGACAACCUAAAUGGCUCCUCCAUGUCAUCCAGUUCGUCAUGAUCCAGAACUCCUUUCAGCUGGCAUUCUUUGCAUGGACAUGGUAUGAGUUUGGCCUUAGAUCUUGCUUCAACCAAGAAACACAAGACAUUGCCAUAAGGAUUUCUAUCGGUGUGGCAGUGCAGAUCCUGUGUGGUUAUGUGACAAUCCCCCUUUAUGCGCUUCUCUCGCAGAUGGGCUCUGGGAUGACAAAGGCUGUGUUUUCAGACCGCGUAGUGGAAGGUCUCAGGAAAUGGCACAAGGAUGCGAGACACAGGCUUUCAAAGAGCAGAUCGAUUUCAAGCAUAACCUCUUCGAGACCAUCUUCAUCCGACACUUCAAUUUCGGAUAGGUACCUGCAAAACCAGGCCGAUGAACUUACCUCAGAAACCGCCACAAGCCCUCCUUCUAGCCCGGCCAAUGUGACUGAAGACGCACUGCAAUAUCGUCGCAUCUCUAGUGCGUCAAUGUUCAACUCAUCGACACAUGAAAUUACCGAGGAAGAAAGUCCAGUGAUCAUAAGCAAGAGGGUUGUUUACGAUGGGGAGAUCUCCUUUGCCAGCAGCUGGAAAGACUCGGGACGCUUAAAGCAGACUGGAGAUUGUACUCUGAUAACCGAAGGAGACGUCUCUGAUCGGUCCACUGGAUUCGAUCGCUGA